AUGAUGACAUCGAUUGAAAUCAUUGGCUUCGUUAGCGCCGUCACCGAUUUCCUCGACUUGGCCGCCGAGAACAUCACAGUCGCCCGGGAAUUCGGGAAUUCAGGCUCCGCUACGACGAAGGCCGACGUCGACUUGGAGCGCCGCAUCAAGUUGCUCGACGAACAGAUCAAAGCCGUUCAUCUGAGCGGGCCGGAAAUCGCAAGGGAUGGUCACGAGGCCAAGCCGCUCAUUCGUGUAGACAAAUAG